AAUGUUUGUAGAAUACCACAAGUCAACGAACAUUUGGUAAUUUAUAAUAGCCUGGGCAUUUUCUUAUUUGAGGUACUUUCAAAGUACCUGUAAUAUUUUUCUAAACCGUUCAUGACCGCAAUUAUUGAAGGACUUCCUUAAAUUCAGGGGAAAAUAUGAAAUGUGGUGCACCCUGUGAUAAGAAAAGUGUAGUUAAAACUUGGGAUUAUACAAGUUUGGCAUUACUGCUGAAAUUUUAAAUACUGUUUACAAAAAUAUAGCCGCAAAGAAAAGAUCAACUUCAUUGCUAUUUAUUAGUUCAUAAUUCGUAACGAUGGGCGAUUUAAUUAAUCAUUUUGAUGGAUUUAAGAAAUUGGGGUUUGACUGUGCUAAUCAAUGGAUACUAUAUGAUGAUCGUUUCCAAAAAUUUUUCAAUUUUUUCACUGAAAAUAUCACCGAUGUAAAUAUACUAACCGAACAUGAAGUUUUGGAAUACGAGGAAUUAAAACAUAGAAAUGAUUUGUUGGAAACUGAUGAGCGUGCAGCCAAAUUGAAAGAGCUGGAGAUCGCAAAUCCCGGUUUAUUGCAAUAUACCGAAGAGCAAGUUGCCAGUAUGAUUGAAGAGCUUCACUUGUUGGAACAUACUGAAGAGUGUUAUGUAAACUUAGUCGAUGAUAUGAGAUGUACCAAAAAUAAAAUCAAUUCCCAACUCGGUGAUUUGGAAAACGAAAUCAGCAUAUUAACGAAUAGAGAGAGUGAUCUUCUAAGCGAAUGUCAAGCCAAAGCACGGCAACUAGAAGAAAUGCAGCGUGAAAAUUUGAAAUUAUCUAAUGAGGCAACACGUUGUUUUACAAAAAUUCAAUCACCGCCCCUAUUCAUACAUCAGCUACCUAUUGAUCAAUACUUGCUCAAAUGUGAGACUUUCAUGAAAUAUUUUACUUUAUAUAUGAAGGAGAAUUUUAAAAUACAGGAUUAUACAGAUCUAGAUAACACCGCUGUGGAUCAUACAGAAUUUUCCGACAAACUACAAUCUUUGGCUAAAUCUAUGGAAUACUACACACUCGAAUACAUUAAGGAAAAGGCAAAGUCAAGAGCCACACAGUCAUUAAUUGAUCUCUUAGAUCUCUCACAAAUACAUGUCAUAAGCAUUGCUGAUGUAGAGCAUGAAACUCGAGAGUUGGAAUUAAUGAACGAACAUCAUUUGAAAAUUGCCUAUGAAACCCUAAUGAACGAUCUUACAUUGCAUGUACGACAGCAUACACAGCAACGCAUGGAAUUGAUUCUUUAUGAAAAUACAAAGUUAAAAUUGGAUCGUGCACUAAAACGUCAAGAAACGGAUAAGCGUUUAACGAAAAUAAUUUCGGAUGCCUUAUCCAAUGCUGAACUUGUAUGGAUUGCAAUACAAUUGGAUUUGGAACGUAAACGUAAUCGCUUUGUCAAUACGGAGCAGUUGAACUCAGAAGCAGAAGCUUGCCUAAAACGCAUUAAAAUUAUGCGUAAUAUACAACAAAGCCAAAUGCCACAACCGAUACAAGGUGGCCUCUUCACCAGCACAAAUGCUGCGUCACUAUUAGAUGCUAUAGCCGAGCAGUUGUCGCGUCAUCUGGGACAGAAGGUGCGCAGCGAAGCAAAAUCCUGCCUUUAUGAAUAUGAGAAAUUUUCACGAUUAUUAUCAUAUGCACUGCAAGGAAUGAUCGGUUGUAAAGCGUAUGCAUAUGCGAAUGCACAAAAUAAUGAAUUAAAAAACAUAGAAUGUCUUCUACGUCCAAUGGUGUUUGAUAGUCCCGUUGAGGCACCAAUGUUUGAGCAUGUCCGAUUCUUAAUGCCAAUAUAUAAUGCAAAAACCAAUCAGGAGCGUAUCGAUAAAGCUCUGCGAUAUUUGCGUACACAAUUUCAGGAAAAUAUUACCGAACGAAUAGAAAAAGACAAGCUUUGGCGUUACAAUCAACUGCUGUGGAUAUGGUUUUUAACCGAACCACGUCGUAUGAUAAUGGCGAUUGAGGAAACGAAGAAAGCUGCUUCGAAAGUGCCAACUAUAGUUGGUAUGAAAUCAUUGAGCGGCAUUAAACGCAAAUGAGUGCAGUGGAGUUAAUUUAAAUUAUUUUUUACUGUUAAAAACAUAUAAUAUAAUAUU